ACUCGACGAUCAGAUCGAACUCGAGCGCUUGCUUCUUCUUCUUCUCCUUCUUCGUCGUAACCUCGUUGCUCUUCUUUCAAUGGCGGAAUUCGUCGGCCGUCCCUUCUUCAGCUGCAGGAAUUGCCGCAACCCCGUCGCCAUGGCCGACGACAUCCUAUCCAAAAAAUUCCACGCGAAAUCGGGACCGGCCUACCUGUUCAGGAACGCGAUGAACGUGGUCUUCGGACAGGCACAGGACCGGGAGCUGAUGACCGGGGUCUUCGCCGUCGCGGAAAUGUACUGCGGCAACUGCCACGAGGAGAUGGGGUGGAAGUACGUGCGAGCCUACGAUCCGAAGCAGAAGUACAAGGAAGGCCGAUUCAUCAUCGACCUGGCGAAGAUCAUGAAGGAGUACUGACGCUGGUCCGCGCAUGAACUGGCCUCUCGCGGUUCGGGUCUUCGCUGGCUCUGGAUGCGUCUCUCGCCGCGAAACGACGUCGGAUGACGUUCAUAUUCACGUAUAAUAAAAAAUAACGGUUGAAUUGUGAAUGUACUUUAUUAUAAUCUCGUUAAGAUUAGAGAACUUGGGUUGCUUCCC